AUGGGUUCAAUAACAAGACUGGAAGAACUGGAUGAGGAAAACAUACGCACCGAGUACCAGGAAAAAUUAUACAAAAUACGGAAGGAGCAAGUGGAGUACUACACACGAGGGUUGAAAUCAAUUCUUGAAUCGAUUGACGAGACACUUUUGGGAAGUUGCCCCGAGACAAAUUCAAGUAGCGAAAAAACUCUUAGCACACCGUCCCUCCCGCAAGAACAUUUUCGCCCCAUUUCCCACAAAACUCCUUAUAAAUUUCACAACUUUGCAAAACUGCACAACCAUAAAAACAUCACAACUAUAACAUUACGAGCAUCCCAUCCAUUGGGUUUCAUAUCAAAUGCCAACAAACUAUCUUCGGAAAGAUUCACAGAAAUGAACAAUAACAACAUUAAUGGUACCAUGUCCGCCGCCGGAAAACCCUACGACAUAGUAAUCCUCGGCGCCUCCGGCUUCGCCGGAAAAUACGUAACUCGUGAAGCUCUCAAAUUCCUCUCCGACCCUAACUCGCCGCUCAAAACCGUCGCUCUCGCCGGGAGAAGUCCGGCGAGGCUCUCCGAAACCCUAGCCUGGGCAAUUAGCGACUUCGCCGGCGAAAAACCUCCUCCAAACGUAUACACCGUCUCCGCCGACACCGGCGAUUCUGUUUCACUCUCGAUCCUCGCCGCGCAGGCGAAGAUCAUGAUUAAUUGCGUCGGACCGUACCAGCACCUCGGCGAGGCGGUGGUCGCCGCCUGCGUCAGCCAAGGCUGCGAUUAUUUAGACAUCUCCGGCGAGCCGGAGUUCAUGGAGAGAAUCGAGAUGCUGUACCACCGGAAAGCUGUUGAGAACGGCUCCUUAGUCGUUUCCUCCUGCGGAACCGAUUCGAUACCGGCGGAGAUCGGCCUGCUGUUCCAUCUCCGCCACUGGAAGUCGCCGGCGACGCCGAAUCGUGUCGUUACGUAUUUGCAGUCUGAUCGGAAAGUCGCCGUGAAUUACAGUACGUACGAAUCGGCUGUUUACGGUUACGCCAAUGCAGAGAAAUUGAUGAAGAUUAGAAAGUCCAGGUCCUCAAGACCCCGUCCACGUAUCCCGGGACCCCCACCGUCGCAGUACUCCGAACCCGUCGUACAACGGCAGAAGCUUCUAGACCUAUGGUCGGUGCAUCUCCCCGUCGCCGACGCCUCCGUCGUGCGCAGAACCCUAACCACGCUUACAGAAAGCCCCGACGGUCUCGCCGGAAAAAAUGAAUCCGGUGACUACGCUGCCAACCGGCGAUCCUUCUGGUCUUCUAUUAAACCGGUCUAUUUCUCCACCAAAGUCGCCACAAAAUCAAUUCUCGGAUUGCUUCCAUUUCUCUCCCUCGGAUUCUUCUUCGACAAGCUCAGCAAAUCUCCUCUCGGCCGGCGCCUACUUCUCAAUUACCCUAGCCUAUUCAGCCUUGGAAUGUUCUCGAAGCAGCGACCGACGAAGGAGGAGGUGGAGAGAGGAAAUUUCACGAUGUGGUUCGUCGGGGAAGGCUACAGCGACGGCGGAGCCGCCGUUAAAAAGGCCGAUACGGCGGUGAUCACGAGGCUAAGGGGGCCGGACAUGGGAUACAUCACGUGUUCUAGGGUUUUGAUUCAGUGUGCGCUGGUGAUGCUUUCGGAGAGGGGGAACUUACCUGCGGGCGGCGUUUAUACGCCGGGGAUCGUUUUUGGGCCGUCGGAUCUUCAGGAGAGGCUGCAGAAGAAUGGAUUGGAUUUUGAACACGUGUCCACCUCGACCUCCAGCCUGUCCGACGCUGUGGGGUCCACUACGUCACCAUGCUUAAUUUUGGGGCAAUAA